CAGUGGCCGCCGGCGGAGCAGUCUGAGCCCGACGAUGAGGCCGGGGACGGGAGCCGAGCGUGGAGGCCUCAUGGUGAGUGAAAUGGAGAGCCAUCCUCCCUCGCGGGGUACCGGGGACGGGGAGCGGAGAUUGUCCGGCUCAAGCCUCUCCUCCAGCUCUUGGGUUGCUGCUGACGGCUUUCUGAGGAGACGGCCCUCGAUGGGGCAUCCUGGAAUGCAUUAUGCCCCAAUGGGAAUGCACCCCAUGGGUCAGAGAGCGAAUAUGCCUCCUGUACCUCACGGAAUGAUGCCGCAAAUGAUGCCCCCUAUGGGAGGGCCACCAAUGGGACAAAUGCCUGGAAUGAUGUCUUCUGUAAUGCCUGGAAUGAUGAUGUCCCAUAUGUCCCAAGCUUCCAUGCAGCCCGCUUUACCGCCAGGAGUAAAUAAUAUGGAUGUAGCAGCAGGUACAACAUCUGGUGCAAAAUCUAUGUGGACUGAACAUAAAUCACCUGAUGGAAGAACUUACUAUUACAAUACCGAAACAAAACAGUCAACUUGGGAGAAACCAGAUGAUCUUAAAACACCAGCUGAGCAACUUUUAUCUAAAUGCCCUUGGAAGGAGUACAAAUCUGACUCUGGAAAGCCUUACUAUUAUAAUUCUCAAACAAAAGAAUCACGCUGGGCCAAGCCUAAAGAACUUGAGGAUCUUGAAGGAUACCAGAAUACCAUUGUUGCUGGAAGUCUUAUUACAAAAUCAAACCUGCAUGCUAUGAUCAAAGCUGAGGAAAGCAGUAAGCAAGAAGAGUGCACCACAGCAUCAACAGCCCCAGUUCCUACAACAGAAAUUCCAACUACAAUGAGCACCAUGGCUGCUGCAGAAGCAGCAGCAGCUGUUGUUGCUGCAGCUGCAGCAGCAGCAGCAGCAGCAGCUGCAGCAAACGCCAGUGCUUCCACCUCUACUUCUAAUACUGUUGGUGGAACUGUUCCAGUUGUUCCUGAGCCUGAAGUUACUUCCAUUGUUGCUACUGUAGUAGAUAAUGAAAAUACAGUAACAAUUUCAACUGAAGAGCAAGCACAACUUACUAGUACUCCUGCUGUUCAGGAUCAAAGUGAAGUAUCCAGUAACACUGGAGAAGAAACAUCUAAGCAGGAAACAGUAGCAGAUUUUACUCCCAAAAAAGAAGAGGAAGAAAGCCAGCCAGCCAAAAAAACAUACACUUGGAAUACAAAGGAGGAGGCAAAGCAAGCAUUUAAAGAAUUAUUGAAAGAAAAGCGGGUUCCAUCCAAUGCUUCAUGGGAACAGGCAAUGAAAAUGAUCAUUAAUGAUCCACGAUACAGUGCUUUAGCGAAGUUGAGUGAAAAAAAGCAGGCCUUUAAUGCCUAUAAAGUCCAGACAGAAAAAGAAGAAAAAGAAGAAGCAAGAUCAAAAUACAAAGAAGCUAAAGAAUCCUUUCAGCGUUUCCUUGAAAAUCAUGAAAAAAUGACUUCCACAACUAGAUACAAAAAAGCAGAGCAAAUGUUUGGAGAAAUGGAAGUCUGGAAUGCAAUAUCAGAACGUGACCGUCUUGAAAUCUAUGAAGAUGUCUUAUUCUUUCUUUCAAAAAAAGAAAAGGAACAAGCAAAGCAGCUGCGAAAGAGAAAUUGGGAAGCCUUAAAGAAUAUACUUGACAACAUGGCUAAUGUAACUUACUCUACUACUUGGUCUGAAGCCCAGCAGUAUUUGAUGGAUAAUCCAACUUUUGCCGAAGAUGAAGAGUUACAGAACAUGGAUAAAGAAGAUGCAUUAAUUUGCUUUGAAGAACACAUUCGGGCUUUAGAAAAGGAAGAAGAGGAGGAAAAACAAAAGAGUUUGCUGAGAGAAAGAAGACGACAACGCAAAAAUAGAGAAUCUUUUCAGAUAUUUUUAGAUGAAUUACAUGAACAUGGACAACUGCAUUCAAUGUCAUCUUGGAUGGAAUUGUAUCCAACAAUCAGUUCUGAUAUUAGAUUCACUAAUAUGCUUGGUCAGCCGGUUUUUUCAUUAGGAUCAACUGCACUUGACCUUUUCAAGUUUUAUGUUGAGGAUCUUAAAGCACGUUAUCAUGAUGAGAAGAAGAUAAUAAAAGAUAUUCUAAAGGAUAAAGGAUUUGUAGUUGAAGUUAAUACUACUUUUGAAGAUUUUGUGGCAAUAAUCAGUUCAACAAAAAGAUCAACCACAUUAGAUGCUGGGAAUAUUAAGUUGGCUUUCAAUAGUUUACUAGAAAAGGCAGAAGCCCGUGAACGUGAAAGAGAAAAAGAGGAGGCUCGGAAGAUGAAACGGAAAGAAUCUGCAUUUAAGAGUAUGUUGAAACAAGCUACUCCUCCAAUAGAGUUGGAUGCUGUCUGGGAAGAUAUCCGGGAGAGAUUUGUAAAAGAGCCAGCAUUUGAGGACAUAACUCUAGAAUCUGAAAGAAAGCGAAUAUUUAAAGAUUUUAUGCAUGUGCUUGAGCACGAAUGUCAGCAUCACCAUUCAAAGAACAAGAAACACUCUAAAAAGUCUAAAAAACACCACAGGAAACGUUCCCGCUCUCGAUCAGGGUCAGAUUCAGAUGAUGACGACAGCCAUUCAAAGAAAAAGAGACAGCGAUCCGAGUCUCGUUCUGCUUCAGAACAUUCUUCUAGUGCUGAAUCUGAGAGAAGUUAUAAGAAGUCAAAAAAACAUAAGAAGAAAAGCAAGAAGAGGAGACAUAAAUCUGACUCUCCAGAGUCAGAUGCUGAGCGAGAAAAAGAUAAAAAAGAAAAAGACCGGGAAAGCGAAAAAGAAAGAACUAGACAGAGAUCAGAAUCAAAGCACAAAUCGCCCAAGAAAAAGACUGGAAAGGAUUCUGGUAAUUGGGAUACUUCUGGCAGUGAACUAAGUGAAGGAGAAUUGGAAAAGCGCAGAAGAACCCUUUUGGAGCAACUGGAUGAUGAUCAAUAAAUUAUACCAAAUACGUUUACAGUAUGAUGUAAAGUCUAAUUCAGACCAGGGACUCUACUUUAAGUUCAAUUGAAAUAACACUGGGUUUUAAUUAUAUCACAGGGGAAAAAGUACAUUUAAGUAUUGUUAUUGUGGACUUUAUAAAAGCAAAGGAAAUUGAAAAUAACAUUUGAUUCUGUGUCAAGAAUCAUAUUUUCAUAUGGUCAUAACUGUCUUUCUGUGACCCUUUCAUAGGGCACUGCAGGAUGGAUUAAAGGUGGCAAUUUAUUGAUAACUGCAGAUGUCUCUACUUUGUUCUAAAGUCUAAGUCAUGAGGUAAUUUGAUUUAACUUUAUAGAAGUUGGAUUUUGACAAUAUAAUGAAAAAUUUUUUGAUAACUAGUAGUACAAAAAAAGCACCAGCAACUGAUAAAAAUGCUUUUUUGUGCACUACCCAACUGGUUAAAGCCAAUAUGAUCUUUUAUGGUGAACUCAGAAAUAGGUGUUCUAAAUGGAAACCUGAUAGACCCUUAACUAUAGUAGUGCUGCUGAGCACUACUAUAAUAAAGCCACCAUUAUUUUUUAUGAAACAUCUGAAUACAUUUUAAAAAGGCUAUUGUGAGGGCAUUAUUUUGAGGUGAUGUUCAAAAAAUUAACAUCAAAUCAAAUUGUAAAUUACUUUAAAUAUAUUGCCUUAAGGACCUACGAAAGAAUGUGCCACCAAACUUUAAGUGAUAGUUGCAAUAUCCUUGCCUGAAAACAAAUCAAUGUUGACUUAAACAUUUUCUUUAACAGUUGUCUUUUUUUUAAUCCAAUCUUUCUCUGGCUUUUUUUUUUUUUUUUUUUUUUUAAUUUUUUUCUCCAAUGAGUUAGUCUUUUACCAUCCCUACUCACUGAGAAGUGUUGACUUCAUGGUACACAUUCUAAAGCAUUUCUGAUUUGAAUAUUUUUGUACAUUUUUUAUCAAUUAUUAAACCUUCUCUUCUAGCGUGUACUAGUAUUUAUUUCUAUUUAAAAUGCUCAGCUCAAAAAAGUUAAUCAUUUAAAGAUACUAAAUAACCUAAAUUUUGCUUCAUCUUACCCACAUAACUAGGUUACUUUUUUAAGAAUUUCACAAAUCAGUGCGUUUGAGGCCCCAUAUCUGUUUUGUUUUGUUUUUUGGUUUAUGAAUUUCCUACAAAAUACUUUAGAGAUAUAGUGGCUAGAAGCUAGAAUACUCUUUACAUGCUAACUUUUGAAGGUUAGUAAUGUGAUUUAUAUUUUCCUUCAGUGCAGGAGAUUUUUUUUAAGUGAAUUUUAGCAGUCUUUGGUAAUAUCUUGGGGUUUGUUUUUGUUUUUUUUUUUUCCCUCCUUCCUGUUUUACACACUUGGAGCAAUCCUAUUUCAAGAACAGAAAAGUUCAUUUUCUUUUUCUUUACCAUACUAAUGAAUUUGAAAGUGGGACUACUGACCAGGAUAAUUCUUUCCCACCCUGCCUCCCUUGUUUAAUUUAGUUAAAUCUAACAUCAGUUGUUAAGUCUCAGAUUUAUUUCUAAACUUGUCUCUGCCAAGUCAUUUUUCUGCUGUGAAAUAUGACAUGACUUUGUAGAAAGUGAGACUUACUAUCUUUAGAAAAUGUGAAGUAAUCAGAUUGCUUGCUUUAAGGUUAGUCUUCUAUUGUAUAUUAGAACCAAAACAUAACAACUUUGGCAACAGGGAGUUGCCUAGACUUAAUUUUCAGAGGUCCCGUUGUAAUGGUAGUAAUUUUAUUGCUAAUCAUGUUAACACUUCACAUGGAAGUUAGUGGUAAAUCUUUAAAAUAUGCAUAUGAUAUUGAUUGGCAGAAAUACUAGUGAUGUUUCACAGAAGAAUUCAGAAUCUGUAAAAUUUUGUUCUAAUAACUUCCAUGAAUGAUGAUUUUUUUAAGUACAACUUUAAAGUUUUGAUUUUCUAUUUAAAUAAAAAGCUACUGAUGUGUUUUAGCAUGUCCUUAAAAUAGAUUUCUGUAUUUGUUACAAGAUACAAUUUUCUUUUCACAACAUCAACUCACCAUAGAAGACAGUACAAAUUCAAAUUAUCUUAUAGUUCCCCCCAUGAAAAUAAUUUGGCCUAUAAACAGUUUAAAACUUAAAACUACAGUUCACACCAGAAAAUCCUGGUUUAAAAGAUGUCAUUGAAUUGUUUGUAAUACUUGUCUACCAUUGCUCUUAACAAAUGGGAGUUGCUAGAAAGAUGUAUGAUCUGAAGACAACAGGUGUUGAAAGACUAUUAAAGCAGGAGUUUGCAUGAAUACUGUUAACCUAUUAUAUUUGGUUUCUAAAUUUUCAGCUGGGAAAAACAAAUAUCUUGUUAACGUUUGUUCUAUUAUGGUUGAGUACAUAUGUUCAAACAGGAGUUUGACAAAAGUGUUCAAAUGGGAAAGCAGGUUGUUUUCCAGUAGGGAGAAAAUUAGUACUUUCCAAUUAAGCUUUGGACACCUAGGAAGAAAAUUUCUCUUCCUCUCAGUAGCAUGUUAAUUGGAUUAAAUGCACUAAUACAUUUCAUAUUGCUUGCAUCUUCCCUAAGUAUUUUUAUAUGACAGUACUUUUUCAAAAAGCAGUGAUCCCACAAUUUUUAGCAUAGCUGAUACCAUUUCAUUACCCAAAGUAGCUUCGACAUGUAAGUUAUUUCAUCUUUUCCAGUAUCAAAUCUUUUUUCCUCUCCCAGAAAAUUUGAUGAUAAUCAAGUACCAACAGCUAUCUCAUCUUUUGGUUUGUUCAUUUGUACAACUAUAAAAUGAAAAUGAUUGGCCUAGAAUAAGGCAAUCUUAAUUCUUAAUAGUUGAGUAGAGAGACUAUACUCCUAAAAGCUGUAUUUUUCACGAAAGGUUAUUUGCCUACAUGAUCCCAGUUUUCUUCCAGUUUUAACAAUUAACUGAGUGCUGACUAAGCAGACAUUUAUUUUUACAUCUACAAAGGGGCAGCUCCCUUUGUAUAAUUUUUUUUUUAAGUUAGAUGCUAUUAGAACAGUUGCUAAUAAAAUAGCAACAGGGAAGAGUGAGGAAUGCCUCUAAAGUUUAUAGGACAGUAAACUACAUUGUGUACUUUAAAUGUAAAUUACAAAACUGAAAACUAAAACACUUAGAAAAGCAAAAUGAGGCAGAGCAUAUUAAUUCCACUUAAGAUUUUUUCCUUGAAGUUGGAUUCUCAAUACAAAGUUUCAUUCUUCAAGUAAAACUGCACUUAUAAAUACAAAGCAAAAUAAAAUCUUAAGUCAUUUUCAUAAACUGUGUUCUCAUAAGCUUAUAAUAAUAGGCUUAUAAUUUCAUUGUCUGGUUAUGGUAAUGGCAUAUGCCAAAAAAUAAUUCUUACCUUCCUAUUCUUACCUUGCUCUUAAGGUUUUCAGUUCUUUAUACUUAAAUGAUGGUCUAGUUCCUUGGGGACAGAGAUUUGUGUUUCAUUCACUUGUGUAUCCUGAGGAUUAGAAUAGUACCUGGCAACAUACUAGGCAUUUACUGAAUGUAAAGUAUUAGUUGAAUGACAAAAUCAUCCAGCAUCCACCAUGGCACACACAAUCUGUACUAAAGUUUGAAAAAGCAUCAUUGGAAUAACCAUACUAACCUAAAGGUACAUAUAUAAUUGAAGUAUACCUAAUGUUUAGUUACUGUCACCCUCCUUAACCGUUACCUCAGAAAUACCCACAAGGUUGGUUGUUAAUGAGGCAUGCAAAUUCCAUGUGGCCUUUGCGUUUAAAGGAAACCCCUGGUGUUACUAUGGAACAGAACUUUUCACAUCCCGUUCAUAAAUUCAUGUACCAUAACUUUAGCAGCUUUUACAUUAAUUGGUGUUACACAAGAGGUCACAGCAAUCACAAUAGCAAAAUAAGUACUUUUUUUGGAAAAAACAGUGAACUCAAGCAAGUACAGCUUUUAGAAGCCAGAAAUUAAAAUAAAAAUGAUUAAAUUCUUGACUUCAAUUGUCCAUUAGAAGACACAAAAUUAGAAGAAGAAAAAAUUCUAGGUAGCUAGCAGCAGUUUAUAGUAUAACAGGGUUAAAGGGUUUCUACCUCUUCAAGAAUUGUUAUAUCAGCCACCAACAGUACCCAAAAUUCACCUCCAUUCAUUGGGCCUCCUCCCUCCUUCCUGCACUUCCACCCUGGUAGCCUCUGUUCUGUUAGUUUUCUAGUUUGUUUUGGUUUGUUUGCUUUAUCUGUUGGUUUCUUGAUAAUCCAUGUGAAUGAAAUUAUCUGGAAUUUACCUUGCUCCUUAUUUCACUAGCAUGAUCCCCUCCAAUCCCAUUCAUGUUGGAAAUGGCAAGGUUUCA